AUGAUUGGCGCUCAUCAAGGCUUUGUUCAAAGAUUAAGAAAUGACCCUAAAUGCAACUCUGAUCUUUUAUCGUACCAUUGUAUCAUUCAUCAAAGCGUCCUUUGCUGCAAACUGGAUCCGUGUUUGGAAAAAAUUAUGAAAACACACAGACUAUUUAAGGCACUUGUUCAAGAAAAUGAUACUCAGUUUGACGAUUUAUUACUUCAUAAUAAUGUGAGAUGGCUGAGCAAAGGAAAUGUUUUGCAAAGGUUUUUUAACUUACUGAAUGAAAUUGAACUAUUUUUAAUUCAGAGUACACAUUUGUCUGCCAAAGACUAUCACGAAUUUAUCAGUGAUAAUAGUAACAUAGCAACUAUUGCGUUUUUGACAGAUAUAUUUCAACACAUAAAUUCGUUCAACAUGAAACUUCAAGGUAAUCAGAAACUAAUUUGCCAUUUAGUUUCUGAGGUAAAUUGUUUUUGUAGAAAAAUUGACUUUUUUUUACAAGAUGUUGGUAAUGAACGUUUACAUUUUCAUAACUUGAAAAAAGUUGUAGAUGAAAAUCACGAGAUUGAUCUGACAAAUUUUACGAAGUUUUUGGAAAGUUUAAAAACUGAAUUCGAAAGACGCUUUGCUGAUUUCAGAAAAAUCAAAAACGUUGUACAACUAUUGAACAGUAGUUUUACUCUGCAGCCUGAUGGUGAAUGGAUUAAUGAAGCAGAAAAUGUUUUCAACUGCAAUAGAGCACAUCUUCAAAUGGAAAUAAUUGAAUUUCAAUCAGAUGAUGUCCUAAAAAAUUUGUAUAAUGAAAAGUAUUCAAAAACUGAAAUUGAUUCUACAUAUGAUGAAUUUUGGUUGAAAUAUGUAUCUGAAAAGAAAUACCCGACGUUGAAAUUAUUGACAGUGAAAAUGUGUACAAUGCGAAAUUUCAACUUAUUGGGGGAUGCAUAUAUUGCGAAAAAACCAAGACCGCUCAAAAUCAUCUGUCAGUCCAAGAAUGAUGCAUCACAACUCAUCUACAAGUUUAACUCCCAGAUUCGUAAUGGAUUAUCACCCACACCUGGUUUUCGCUUAGUACCUGACAAGACUACACUAGAACGCGAUCUUUUACGUCAAGCGCAUAUUGAUCUGGAGCAGAAAAAGGACGCAGGCUCUACCAAUCUUACAAUCUCGUUUGUCAAUGGAGUUCCUACUGUAGUUAAAGCUGUACCAAAAAACACGAACCCCAGAGGAAGCAACCAUCGUCCAAAUACCACCCAGCCUAUUCAUUAG